AUGAUGAGCGAAGUCCACGAGAAGAAGCCCGUUCUGUCACUGCGCAGCACCGAGAGCAAAGUCGGCGUCUGCAUCGCAGGGUGGUACGUCAUCAGUCUCCUGACGCUCUGGACGAAUCGCUACGUGUUGACCACGUUGCAUGUGGACUCGAACGUGCUCUCGCUCGCCCAGCUGAGCAUGUCAGUACUCGGCGGCCUUAUCUUGGAGCUCUAUCUAGAGGGCUGGACAGUCUGCAAGCGCAGUUUGCGCAAGGUUGUGAGUGACGGGCUCAAGGAAAUGGUGCUGCUCGCUGGCGUCCGCAUCCUCACGGUGCUGCUGGGCCUUACUGCGCUCAAGUACAUUGCCGUCUCCUUUACACAAACAAUCAAGUCGUCUGCACCGUUCUUCACCGUUAUGUUGGCCUAUUUUCUGCUGGGUCAACGCACGGGGUGGAGAGUGAAUUUUUCGCUCAUCCCUAUUGGAACGGGUCUCGUCUUCUGCAGUCUGUCGGACAGCUCGUUCCACGUCCUCGGGUUCACUGCGGCGCUAAUGUCGAACUGCACCGAUUGCAUUCAGAACGUAUUGACAAAGCGGCUGCUGAUGCGCUUGUACACAGCCUCUCAGUUGCAGCUCUACACCAGCAUCAUUGCAGUAGCCAUGCAGGUCCUGUUCAUCGCCUACAGUUCGAUGUCCGUGCCGAUCGAGCCAGCGCUUGAAGCUAGCGAGACGGACCGCUCUGCAGCGUUUGUCUUUUGCGUGCUUGUGCUGGACGGCAUGUGUUUCUACAUCCAGAGCGCGCUCGCUUACAUGCUCAUGAGUUUGGUGUCGCCGAUAACACACAGCGUGGCCAACUGCGUGAAACGUGCGCUGAUCAUUGUGCUUUCUAUCUACCGCUAUGGCGAGAACGUGAGUGUUCUGAACUGGUGCGGUAUGGCGCUCGUGGUCUUUGGGGUCUACGGCUUCAAUGCAGCUUCGCGUAUCGAGAGCAAACGAGCUGUUAAGGGUCCAGAAAUCGCCCCUGUUAUUCCCGUGUCCGUGUCGACGUGCACUAUUGACGCAUUGUCUGAGAUUCGGGUCGAGAAGGGCAAGUAA